AUGAAUUUAAUAAUAAAAUUAAAAUAUUUUAUAUGUAUAAUUACUCUUGUGUUAAAUAUUGUAUAUGGUGUAUAUGUAGAUUGCACUUUUAAAAAUGAUAAAUAUGGUUUAACAUAUGAUCUAUCCCCACUCAGAAUGGAUAUAGGAUAUUAUAAGGUUUUAGUAAGUCCUUUAUUUAUAGAUGCAAAAACAGAUAUAUAUUAUAACUUUUGUUUAUUAAAUGGCAUAUCAGCAUGUAGCAACCCAGAUUCAAAUGCAUGUCAAAUUUUAGAUUCAUCAACACAACGACAGGUGGGGAGUAUAGGUUUAGAAACUAAAGAGGAUACGGACGUGGGCAUUGACUUGAUUUAUAAUUCAGAGACAUUCCAACCAGAAGGUUUAAACAAUUGUUCUUUAAAUGGGAAUAAGAGAAGUUUAAGGAUUAGUUUACGUUGUGGAGAAGUCGAUUAUAUGGCAUCAGAUGCCGAAGAAAAAACUACUUGUGUAUAUAAUUUUAUAGCUUUAACACGAUAUGUAUGUAAUGAUUGUAUAGAAAAAAAUUAUUGUUCAAACCAUGGUACAUGUAAUCCUAAUAACGGUCAAUGUGAAUGUGAUUCUCAAACCAAAGGAGCAAAUUGUACAGAGUCUAAUAUAUGGGUUAGUUCAAGUAAAGAAACACUAAUCAGUGGUGGAAAGACAUCGAUAUAUGGUUCAUUUGGUAAUACAACAGCAUCUUUAAAGGUUUAUAUCGGUGAUUUAGAAUGCUCAAAUCCAAUAACAUCCAACUCUUCAAAAGAAAUAACAUGUCAGGCCCCUCCUUCAUCAACAAUAGGUUUUAAAAAUAUUACCAUUUACGAUGGCGAUGUUUACUUUUCAGGUAAAGAUUUAUUCAAAUAUUAUGAUAACCAGGUUAAAAAGUGCCCAGAUAAUUGCUUUAAUGAACAGGGCCAGGGUGAAUGUGUUAAUGGUCUAUGUGUUUGCAAUACUGGUUUCACAGGAUUCAACUGCGAGUUAAAAACAAAUAACAACAAUAAUAAUAAUAAUAAUAAUAACAAUAUAAACUCAACAACAGGUGGUGUGGCCAUUAACAGUCAAUAUUUAAUCAAUAUUUAUUCACUAGUCGAAUUAAAUGUAACAGGUGCCAUCCAGAACGAGUAUAUUUUAAAUAAUAAUUGGAAGCAAAAAAUAAAUUCUAGUAACGAAAGUGUAGAUUUAGCAGUUUUUUAUCAGCCCUUUAAUAAUAGUAAUAGUAUUAAAUCAACAAUAGAAUACCAGAUUGAAAUUAUCAAAUCUAAAAAGGAAUAUUCAUUCGCAGGAUUAUCUUUUACUUUGGAUGCAGGUUCGAUUAAAACUUCAGUUUCAAUUUAUAAUUACCCAUACCAAAACAAUUUAAAUACAUUACAGUUAAGAGUCUUAUCAGGUGUCGACGAGAGAGGUGGCCAAACAGAUUCCUGUAAUAAAGCAGAUACCAAUAUAGACACUUUUAUAGACAACAACCAAGAUUAUAAUUAUUUAAAAAUAACUAAAGAUAAUAAAGUAUUUUCAGGCAGCUUUUUAACAAAGUUAAUUUCAGAUAAUAGAAUUUCAUUUAUGACAACUUCAAUUUUAAAGCAAGAUAACUCAUCAGUUUUGUUAGGUUUAAAUUUACCACACUGUACAGAACAAUGUAUAAUAGAUCCAAACUUUUCUUUAUUAGUGUCACCAGAUUACAUAGAUUCGUGUGGUUCCGACAGAAAGAAAUGGUUUUUGCCAGUAGUGAUUGCUGUCCCUGUUCUCGGUGCUGCUUUAAUAGUAAUUGUUUUCUUUGUAAUAUACAAGAAAAAUCUUUUAAAAAUUAAAUUAUUAAGAGCAAAAUUAUCAGAAUUAAAAAGAUCAAAAAAUAAUGUACCAUUAGAAUAA